AUUGCUACGGCGGUAGUGCGUACUCGGGCGAAAUUCGGGGAGUAUUCUCAGCUUUUUGGCGUCGUGUUUCUCUUGCAAAGUGCAAUUGGAAGGAUCCCUGACAACGAAUAUUGGUUUUUAUUGUAAAAUAAAAGUAAAUUGUCGGGUUAAGACGGCCGUGUUUAUCGGAGGAAUUUCGGAAGUCCAAUGAUGUGUCGAGGAAGCCGUGCAAUACAUAUACGCGCAUCCUCGUCUUGCAAGCUCGACCAAAAAGAAGCGACAAGUGAACUACGGGAUUUCCCUUUGAUAUCGUGUGAACAUGUUUUUGUGACCCCCUUUUGUUUAAUCGUACGAAGAGUUGUGUAUCUUUAAUGUUAACAAGUGCUCUACUUACAGUGCGUAAAAGAUGGAGCGGCCGCCAGCCGAUUUCAUCGACAUACGUUCAUCGUCAUUUUUCGAUUCUUUGGCGGAUCUCGAUUCGACGUCCAUUGAAGACUUCUGCAUCGAUUCGAACCUAAUGACGUCGACUGUAGAGUCUCGUGUUCCGGAGGUUAAACCCCUCAACAGUGCUGGUCAUUCGCAUGCUUCGUCGGAAACAUCACAAGCAGGAGCAACGCAACCUUCUGUCAGAGCAGCUGGCCCGUUUAUGGUUUCCUUGGAAUCGAAGCAGUCCAGUUUCUCGUCGGCAGUGUCACCACGAAGAAAAGCAGUCGUCGUUGGUCCCACUCACGCAAAUGCGAAGAUGAUCAGGAUUAGUUCUGAUGCCCUUACAAGAACUACUCCGGUAUCUGGAAGUAUGGUUACGCUGAAUAAUGCUAAGUUCAUUGCCGUCCCACUUGCAUCCUCUUCAGCUAAUCCCGGUAAUGUUUCCACGGAUGCUGGCACAAGGCCACAGUUGGUGAAAAGAUUCAUCCCAUCUGUGACAAACUUGGGAAACGGGAAAAUCUUGAAGUUCAUCGUUGCUCCCAGGCCGAAACCGCAGAGUCAAGCACCGUCACCUGUUGUCGUCCCCGUUCCAGCUAAUGUCGUGCAAGGACCUAGGCUCAUUCGUCCGACAUCCGUCAUACCCAUCAGUUUUGCAUCUGACUCAACUUCUGGAUCGAUACAGUCAAAGACGUCAAGCGGUUGCCAGAUCCUUCAAGUGAAGAAACCACUGUUGGUUACCACUGGUCUUCCAACAUCGUCCGUUGCUUCGAGAAUUGAAGUUCCGGGUGGAGUGAGGAUGGCUGCCCAGAAGUCGAACGUGAAUCAUUACAUCGAAAUCAAUGGAAAACUGACACCGAUUCAGAUUUCAGUCCCGUCAUCCUCGAUUUCAACUGUUCCAAUAAGAAAACCGCCCGCUUCUCCUCAGCGACAAUUGAAACUAUCUCCAACUUCAAUACCAACGUCGAAGCUCACGGCUUCCGAAACUGCUCUUCUCGACCACAAUUUCACGUUCAAAACCCUGGUGAAAAAGCACUUGAAACCCCGCUCACCCUCGAGGCAGGAUGAAAAGAAUGAAAUAGAUGUUGUUGACGAGCUAGAAAACGGAGAAAUUGGAAUUUUGGAUCAAAAGAACGAUUUGAAGAGAAAGAAAAUGGAUUUGUUGAGACGAGAAACAGACGAGAAGCCGGAAAUCGUGGCGGAACUUAAUGACAAACGCGACGCCAAAAAGUCGAAGCUCGUCCGGAAAGUGGCCGAACGUAAACGGAAAACGUGCAACUGCGCCAAGUCAAUGUGUUUGAAGUUGUACUGCGACUGCUUUGCAUCUGGGGAAUUUUGCGAUGGUUGCAAUUGCGUGAAUUGCUUCAACAACCUGGAUCACGAAGAAGAACGUCAGCGGGUUGUUGCGCUUAUGUUGGAGCGGAACCCGAGUGCGUUUCGUCCGAAAAUCGGUGCCGUUGACGAUGGGAAAAGGCACAAUCGAGGCUGCAACUGCAAGAGGACCUAUUGCAUUAAGAACUACUGUGAAUGCUUUGAGCAUGUAAUCCUCAAUAUCCGGCUAAUGACUGGAAUCCUCGCUCGUAAAAUCAAGUAUUGUAUGACUAUCAUCUUUUCGAAAUUUAAGGCCAAAAUAUUGUGUACUCAUCUCUGCCGCUGCAACGGAUGCAAGAACCAAGGCGACGAAACGUCACGUCAGGUGCUGGUGAAACUCUGCGACGCUGCCGACCACGAGGCGAAGAAACGACUGCAGAACCGUCCAGUCAACCGUUUCUCUCGUCCGGAAACCAGCGAACCCGCAUUCCCGCACACUUUAACCCCGGACACGUUCAGUUUCCACGCGUCACCGGAUCUGGACGGAGUGUGGGACUAUUUUCGCGGCGAAGUGAUUGAAGCCACGUGCAUGUGUCUGUUGGGCAAGGCCCGAGAGUGUGUGGAGCAAGGCAUGCAGGGUGGCAAGUUGGAGGAGGCUGUGAUCAACGAGUGCAAGCUGUGCAUUGAUCAGAUUAUCCAGCAUGCACAGGGAGAGCAAGUGCACUUUCAGAAGAUGCAGCAGGCUGCGGAGAGAGCUGCUGAUAAGUUGAAACAGAGUGUACAAAUGUAUUCUGGUGAACGACGAGGAAAGGGCUUGAACCUCAGUAAAUUGAGCACCCCUAAUGCAUUGCUGAAAAGUUACGACGAGGAAGAAAGUUCGUGGGUGUUGCUUUCUAUGCCGAGUCACGUGACGGAGCUGAUUUCUGAAUCUUGCUCGUGUUUUCUGCAAACUGUGACGAUGGAGAGACACGUUCACUGUGAGAACUGUUACGUGACACCCGAGUUUGGGGUUUUGAAUCCGCGAAAGUUUAAUCGAUGGACAACCGGCGACGGUGAUGGGUCAAAGCAUGUGGCCUUGUGUGCGUGGGAAGAACGAUGCAAGUUCAUUCACUGCGAGAAUCUGUGCGGAUCCGUUUUCCAUGGAUGCAAACUCGAUGAGCACAAGAAAUUGUGCUCCAUGGAACUUGUGCCUUGCGUCAAUGCCGGUGUAGUUUUGCUCUCCACUCAAAAAAACACCUUCACAGCCGCCAAAAUGGCGGCCAAUGUGGCGGCUGUGAAGGCGGCUGUUGAUGAAAAUGGCGGAAUUGCAUUGAAUGACCUGGAGGCAACCCUUAGAAAGAAUGCC